AUGAACAGGUUCACGUCGUACUGGAAACACAUGAGCCGUUUGAGCGAGUCCACAACCCCAAUGAAAGUCAGGCGGCUAAAGAUCUCUAGCAGACGUUUGUCCACUUUUUGCUCGGUUUCGUGUUUCAGCUCGAAUAUACUCUUGAGCUUGACUUUUGUGCGCUGUGUUCCUUCGGUGAAGCUUGUUUCGAUCUUGGACUGUUGCGGGAGGUAUGUGGAGAUUGUUGACUGCGAGAAGUCUGUUCUGACCAGCUUGUGUUCGCUAGGCCGCUUGUACUGGCUCAAAGUCGGCAAUGGACGGGCUUUUUUGGGUGCAGAGCUGACGAUUUCCUGGUUGGUGGCCACUCUUUUGGGGCUCGGCAACAACUGCUGGGUAAGGAACGUUCGCGAAACGUCCACGUUCGACAGUACCUCGGCCAGUUUCGCAGAAAUGUGGUCCACGAUCUCGUCUUCAAACAGAAACCGCACCUCUCGUUUGGUAGGGUGCACGUUUACGUCGACAUUGGUCGAAUCCAGUUCCAGCGACAGAUACACAAACGGCUUAUGGCCCUUGGGCAAGUAG